GAGAAGGAGGAAACCUGGGGACAAUUUUCUCGAGACACAUUUAACUCUGAGUUUCUGAAGGCUGCAGAUGUGGAAAAUGAAGAUCACCUUUCUGGUCUUUGCUCUGCUGACUCGAGCACUGUUUGGAGAUUUCUGCCUGGCCAUCAACGCCACCAUCACGCCGUCGCCCUUCACGGUGGCCCAGGAGGGUCAGAACAUCACGCUCACCUGCGUCGUUUCCCAGAGACGCCGCAACACAGCCCUACCCGUCGUUAAAUGGACGUUCCUGCCGGCGGGCGCGGACCGGCCCGAGGACGAACUCCUGAUCGCCCGGGUCAACAUGCGGAAGGCUCGCUUCUACGGGAACUACACGAAGAGUUUCCCCUGGGCAAAGUUUAAGCUGACAGUGGUGAAACAGGGGAAGAUCUUUGAGCUGCUCAUCCGCAGUGUCUCUGAAGGAGACAGAGGACUCUACAUGUGCCGGGUGCAGGAGUUUAAAAAGCACCAGGACCGCUGGAAGGCCUCAACCAACUACACCACUGCUACUGAGCUCAGAGUGCAUGUUCUGCCGACCACCGAGGCCAAGGAAAGCCUUUGGAGUUUGUUUGAAGAUGUGUACCUGUGUGCAGUGCUGAUCUGCUCAGUGGGUCUGCUGUGCAUGUGCAUGUUCACUGUGACCGUCACCUGCCAGUUCAUACACAGGAAGCAGAGGCUAAAAGAUCGGUACCACUUGGUUAAAAGCCCUCAGAACAGCUCAGGAGAGACGGUCACCAGCAUUGUCAGCGUUUCUCCGGCUCUUCCUAAGAAGGAGAGGAGAUACAGAAAGAAAAGGAGUAGAGACUACCAGGAGGAGAAACCGCCAGAGAUACCAGCAAAAGCCCCCAUCCAAGACAAAACCCGGAAACCCAAACUUUUAAAACCUCAACCGAGGAACGUUCUACUGCCCAGGAUAGUAGAGGAGAAUCUGACGUAUGUGGAGCUGGAUCUGGUGAAGCCUAUCCCAGAGACAGCAGCAUCACGGAGCGGGACUGUCUAUGCUCAGAUACUGUUUGAGGAGCAGCAGCUUUGAGACAGACACAAACCACUAAAACUGUGCCUUGUGUAAAAACUGUUGCCUAUUUAUACUGUUUUGUACUUUUUUUUUUAUAAAGAAUGGUUUGCAGUGAAGAAAAUGUGUAUUUUUUAUAUGAUGACAAACAUGUGGUUUUAUAGGAAUUUUGUACACUACAUAGUAACAUACAAUGUGACCUCUGUCUUUCCUGUGUUUAUGUUGGAGUGUUUGUCUUUAAUGUGCUUAAUUCCUGUGUAGCCCAAACUAACAACACAGUAGAUGACUUUUUAGGAUUGACUGUUUUAUUUGACAUUACAUUCAUACAGGAACCUAAAAUGGACUGAAAUCUGUGAAAAUCUGCAGAAUGUAGAGUGCCACGUAUUAUCGAUCUGACUUGCCAGGUUACCCCCUCCCUCACAUCAGGUCUCCCUUGCCUGGGCUAAGGUGAACUGACCUCCUUCACUAACCUAGGUGAGCUGUAGCUAUUAUUGUGGUCUGAAAGUCUUCAAGAGCAGUGAACCAUUCUUUAGCCCAACCCUGCACACGUAUUAAAAAAAGUUUUGAUGCAUUUCUACUGUUUGUGUACAUCACAAUGGGCCGUGUUUUCUCUGUUUUCACAAUUUGCAAACGGGUUCCAGCUGGAAGGAUUCAAAAACAUCCCAAUCUCUGUUGUCGGAAAAGUGAUACCUGCUUGUGUUGCAUGGGGAGCCCUGGCACAUGUGCAGUAUGACAGCAGUCAGUAGAAAUGAAUGUGCACAACAUAAUGGAUGCAAGCCAGUUAAAAAACCGCAGGGGUGGUUUUAUAACCUGAAGCAACUGCACCUCGUCGUCUGUCCAUAUAAACAUUUGAGUCCCUGACAUUCUGACAGUUGAUUUAGUGAAGGACUCUUCCAUUUGUCUAUUUUUUGGAAAUGUCCAAUGCGCACACAUGGAACCGACUGGAGGAUGUCUUCUAGCCUGGGGGCACCAUUGCGAUCCCCAGAAUAAACUGGAGGGUGAUGCUGAAUCAAUGAUCUCUGAUUUCAUGUCCAAACUAAACUCUGUUGCGGACAUUUUACAAAAAAAACACACUUUUAACUGUAAGGACUGAAUCAAUCAUCCAGUUGCUUUCAUUAAAGCUCAUAAUGAACUUUUAAAGGACACCCCACCCCCGCCCCCAGGGGGUUUGCACAUCUCACAGACUUUUUAACACAAUUUAUGAUUUGCUAAACCUUAUGUUGUUGUCUUUGGCACUUCUUCCACAAUAAUCCAUCCAGCUAUAGCCUUAUAUCUUUGAUAUUUCCCAUGAAAGUCAAUUCUUCCCCCAAGGGACUUGAGGGAAACCUUAUCCGAAGUAAACACAUUUCUGGAUGACUUACAAAAUUACUGGUAAACGUCAUCCUGGUUUGUAAACGUAUCCAUUAUCAAACGUCAUUUCUGUCUAAUGUGUUCACAGCACUAUUUUCUUCAAAGCAUCCGUGUUCAGUCUGUUUCUCUCUGUCAUGCUGCAAUUUAUUAUGACCACAGAGUUGAUUCAAACCAGCAAUUAGCUCCCGACCUCCCCCCAUGGGCAAGUAUGUGAGACCAUUUGAGCACUUUCAUCUGGCGCCAACGUCAACUCCACUGGCUGUCCGCGACACAUUUUAACAUGCAUGAGAAACAACAUUGGAGUUACAGAAAAAAAAGCACACCUGAUCUUUGCACAAAUAUACAUUAAGAAUUGUGUUUACACCGUUUUUACGUGAAUGUGUGUGAAAAAAAAAUUAGAUCCCCCUUCUUUUCCAUUCAAUGAUCUUUUGGACUCAGGCUUGGAACAGAAAAGGGAACACAGUUUCAAACACUGAAUUUGAAACCCAGACAAAGGCACCCAAUACCUCCCUUCCCCCAAGACUUUCACUAUCUUCACCGGCCUUAUCCAUGCAGCUGGUGUACUGCUCUCGGUAAUUGCUGCCUUCACACUAAGGCUCUAAAGUUUUAUCUCAAAGGGGAGGUUUUGGCUCAUUUCCUGUCAUCAAAAAUGAACUGAACCAGCAGCUGAUUGUUUACCAGUUCAAGUUUCUGAGUUACCACAUUUCUCAUUAUGUAUAGUGACUGAAUGGAUGGUACUGGCCGUCUAAGAAACGAAUAUGUAAUGUGUAAAUACUUUGUUUAAUGAAAUGAAGACAGCAGAGUUAUAUGAAUGUGCAUAAUAACAGUAGACACCUUUUCGUUAUCUAACGUUUUGUAGCAAAGACCUAGAUUUGAUGUUUGUGAGAGGGGAACUGUCUAUAUUCUCUCUAUAUAAAAUGAGUGACCUUUUCAUGGCUGGUAGAACUGUCAUAAAAAUGCUUUUAGACUGUGAAAAGUAAAGUUUCUUCCAAACCACAUAGUCCAUAGUGGGCGUCUACUAACUACAACCAUAUGUGUGAACUGUGCCUCUGUGCCACCUCUCCCUUUCCCUCUCUCUGCCCUCCACCGAAGCUCAGCAUUCUUCUGCAUUCACACAUUUCUGCUUGUGUCCGUGUUGUAGGAGCUUGUAUAAAGAAGUAAAAUAAAUAGCGUAAAAAGGUGGAUCCAAGCAAAA